CCAAAAAACAGUCAAAACGAUUACUUGUGAAAGAGAAUUUUAGGCCUCCGCCGUUUUCCGUCAGAAAGAGUUUUCGGAAAAUUUGAUAAAACUCCCGCGAGAUUGCCCAACCUUCCAAGAAUACCAAACCUUGACACCCACACCUCUCUCUCUAUCUCUCUCUCUCUAUAAUCAAUCAGCGCAAGUCAAAAAACCUUGGAAACAAUCCCUUUCCUUGAACUCCCAACCUCUCCAUUUGCCAUAAUCACUUUCCCAAGCAAAGCAUCCUUUCCCCUCCUCUUCCUAUAUCUCCACCACCCACCAUGUCCAUCUUCUUCACCAUCCUAAUCCCAUUCUUAUUCUCUAACUCUACCAAUAAUACCCACAAAAAAAGAAAAAAGAAAAAAAACUUUCUUCGAAAAAAACUUUCUUCUUACUCUGUUUCUUCCUUUUAUUUCAUCGGAAAAUGGAGUCGGAAACAGUCCCGGCAGUUUUGCCCCUGAACCUUCACAAGUACUCCAACCGGGUAAUCUUGAAAACCAUUUUGGAUCGCGACGAUGGCGGUCUGGGUUUGAUUGGCCAAAGAGUUGUGAUCGGAGGGUGGGUCAAAUCUUCCAAGGAAUUCAAGAAAGAGCGGCCUGCCGUGGCAGCCCCAGCCGAUGGUGAUGGGGUUGGUGAUACAGGGCCGAAGGAUAAGGACGUAACUUGUGUGGAAAUUCUUCAAUCCCGAAUACCCUUUAUUCGUUCUCUCAUAAAAGCUUUGGGUCGUAGUCAUUCCCCUGCCGCUUCUCGUGAUAAGUUGGAACCGGCUGUUGUUGUUCCUAAGCCCCCUCUUCCUUCUAUUUCUAUUUUGCAAGUCAGUGAUGGUUCCUGUGUUGCAACUCUUCAGGUCCUUAUAGAAUCCUCUUUAGCGCCCCCAAGCAAGGUACUUCCUACUGGAACUUGUAUCCUGGUAGAUGGUGAACUGACGCAGUCAUCGUUGCAAGGAAAACAGGUCAUCGAGGUUAAAGUUGAGAAAGUACUUCAUAUAGGAACAGUGGACAGUGAAAAGUAUCCGUUGUCCAAGAAACGAUUACCAUUGAAUAUGUUAAGGGAUUGUUCCCACUUUCGACCUCGAACAACUACGGUAGCAUCUGUUAUGCGGAUACGUAGUGGCCUGGAUUUCACGACUCACAGAUUCUUUGAAAACCAUGGAUUUCUUUCGGUUGAAGUACCUAUUAUGACAAUCACGGACUGUGAAGGAUUUAGUGAAAAAUUCCAGGUUUCAACUCUAUUUAACAAAGCAGAUAAAAAGGGAGAACCAGGUGCAGCUGAAAAUGUUGGAGGUGUUAGUCUAGAUGUUAUUAAGGCAGCUGCAAGGGAGAAAAGUAAUAUAGUUGAGGAACUGAAGAGAACUGAAAGCAAUAGAGAAGCACUAGCUGCUGCAAUUCGUGAUUUACAAAAGACAAAUGAACUCGCGGCACAAUUGGAAGCAAGAGAGAAUUUGAAAUCAAAAAAUUCUAUAAAAGAUGAUAAAUCUAAACUCCCUGAAGAUUUCUUCCCUCGCUCAACAUAUCUAACUGUUUCUGGUCGUCUGCAUCUCGAGAGCUAUGCAUGUUCCCUUGGUAAUGUUUAUUCCUUUGGACCCAGAUUCAGAGCAAAUAGAGCAGAGUCACAAAGGAAUGUCGCAGAAAUGUGGACGGUUGAUAUGGAAAUGGCUUUUUCAGAGUUAAAGGAUGCCAUGAGUUGUGCAGAUGACUUUUUCAUUUUCCUCUGCAAAUCGGUUUUGGAAAAUUGUUCAGAAGACAUGAAAUUUGUCAUAAAACGAAUGGAUAAUGCCAGCAUUAAUCGUCUAAAAUCAGUGAUAUCAACUUCGUCAUCCGAGAGAAUCUCCUAUACCGAGGCUUUAGAUGUUCUAAAGAAGGUUACGGAUAAAUCAUUCGAAACAAAACUCGAAUGGGGCACUGCACUAACAACAGAACAUCUAAGUUAUUUGGCUGACGAAAUGUAUAAAAGGCCUGUAAUUGUAUACAAUCAUCCAAAAGAAGUUAAGCCAUUUUAUGUACGUCUUAAUGAUGAUGGACGGACAGUUGCAUCAUUUGAUAUGGUUGUACCAAAGGUUGGAACCCUCAUUUCAGGUAGCCAAAACGAGGAGCGUUUCAAUGUGCUAAGUGCAAGGAUCAAGGAAUUGGGGUUGGCUGGAGAGCAGUAUGAGUGGUACUUGGAUCUACGCAGGCAUGGAACGGUCAAGCACUCUGGAUUCAGUUUUUCGUUUGAUCUUAUGGUUCUCUUCACCACCGGCCUGACUGAUGUAAGAGACGUUAUCCCAUUUCCAAGAAGUUAUGGCAAAGCAGCCAACUAAUCAAAGUUGCCGAUGAAGAAUAAAAACUUCAGAGCAACAUAUAUAUUCUACAUGAUCAGAUUCCCUUUUUCUGCGAUCAGAAAAAGGAAAAAUGGAAAACUUAAAACACAUUCGGUGGAGAUAUCUAUAUAUGAGUGUACCAUGCAUGUAAAUAUCAACGAUUUACUGAUUACUUGAAAUGAUGUAAAUGAAUUUGGGGCUGUAAAUAAAAAAACUGAAUUUGGAAUGAAUAUAAAUGGUCUUUUACAAUA